AUGGGACAAUCCAGCAGUCAUCGCAAUCAAGAAGAUCCUUUUGAUUAUGCCUCAUUAUCAUCAAACACUCAUCAACAACCUACAUCCACGACAACCACUCAACCCAUCAUUCACAAAGAAGAAUUACUUCACCACUUGCUGUUGAUGGGAAGUUCCAAUUCUGGAAAGACUCUUUUUGCUAAAAUGUCUAAUUUAAUAUUAGAAGGAUCCAUGACGAGUCGAUCCAUGAAAUAUCGAGAAGAAUUAUUAUCUUCCAUGUUUGCAUGGUUGUUGUUGAUCGUGUGUGUGAAAAAGAAAUUAUUUUCGGAAUUGGAAUUGCAACAACCCACUUCGGAGCAAUUGAUUGAUCUCUUACUCAAACCGAAAAAGAAGGACAUUUCAAAGAGUCUCCACCACCAUAACCAGAAUGAUGAAACACACCAUUCUGGAGAGACAAAUAAUGAAGAAUUGGAUGAUCGUUGUUUGUUACAAUUGGCCAUUGUCAAACCUGAAUUGUUGUGGAGUAAUGACAAGAUGAUGAAAGACGUUUAUUCUCUGUGGCAGAAUGAACCAAUUUUACACAACAUUUAUGCCAUAAUUUAUUUCAACAAAAUGUCACCAGAAUUGUUAUUUUUAUUUGGAAAUACACAAGUUGGAUCGGUCAUUUCUGGAAAUGUGUUAGAUAAAUUUGGACAUGUGAAUACAGUUCCAAAACAACCACAAUGGCAACACUUUGAGAAUUUUAAUUAUGUCAUUAAUCAUUGUGUGGAAAUUGCACAUUCAUUGAGACGAGCUCAAAAUGGUAUUCUCGAUCCAGAAAUUAAUUUCGAUAAAGAAUUCUUAUUGGCUUCGAACAUGACCAGAGGAUACUAUGAAUCUGAAAUUAAAUUGAAACUCUCAGACAAAAAGAAGACAGAAACUUCUUCCAUGAAAAAGAAAGAAACCAAAGAAAACAAAGAAGAACUCAUCUCCAUGAGUGAACAAUUCAGAAGUCUAUUCAUGAUUGACAGCGCAGGAGUGAGAUCCGACCGAAAGAAAUGGCGUAAAAUUCUACUUUCCAAAUUGUAUCCCGAUCUCCUUCAUGAAAACAAGAAGAAGGAAAACACAGAUCAGCCAAAGAAAAAGAAGAAAUCUGUUUCAACUCAAGAGAGUCCUACUAGUAGCAGUAGUAGUAAUAAUAAUGCAGUAUCUUCCUCCUCUUCAAAUCAAACACCUGCUGCAAUGCCUUCUCAACAAGUGUCCUCGUCGGCAUCCUCUUCUCUGGCAUGUUCAUCCUCAUUGGCAUCCUCCUCUCAAAACAGUUCAGAACCAAUUUCACACACCAUUUACUCACAACUCAAACCCAGUGGUGUUGCUAUUUUAUAUUUUGUAUCCUUGACAAGUUACAAUCAAUAUUCGGUGGAUGAUAUUUUAGGAUUAUAUGGAUCGACUAUUUCCAUCACUGUGGAUUCUAAAACUCCAGCAAGUCCUCUUCUCAAUAUUAAUAGUGACAAAAUUUUAACCGUUGAACGUCCCAUUGAGGUGAGCACUUGUAGUGAAGCAUCGGCUCCUGAAGAAGAUGAUGAAGAACAAAAACUUGUGAGUGUGUUAAAAUCUCCAAGAGGAACUGAAGUGAAUUUGAAACAUGUGGAUUUAUUAGAAAAGAAGAGAAUGAAAAAGAAGACAUUGAAACCACCCAAGUAUAAGCCAUUGAUUGAUUCUGCAUCAUCCUUGUUCUUAUCACGUCAUCAAAGUUUGAAACAUAAUGGAUUAUUGACUCUGAAAAAUCAAUUAAUUGAUUCAUUGGAAUUCUUUAACAAGACUGUGAACAUGCCAGAAGUCACCAAUGUGCCCAUUAUUUUAGUAUUCACGAAAAAGGAAUCUCUCAAGAGAAAAUUAGUGUUUUGUGACUUCUCAGAUAGUUUUUUCACAAGUUUACAAAAUCAAAGCUCAGAAAUGGUGCCAUUGGAUCCACUUCCAGAAGAAAUUCUUUUAAAGAAGCAAGUCAUGAUUGGAAAUCAAAAGAUUUCAUCAUUGGAAAAGACCAACAACAACAAGAUUACUAACCUUUCAUCAUCGAAUCCAAUCACCACUUCGCCACCAAUUGUUUCUUCUUCAUCAUUCAUCAUCUCCAACAAGAAUAUUGGUUCUGAUGUAUCACCAAGAUUAAUCAGUGAAUUGAAAACAUCCAAAUUGCUGUUGAAUCGAUUGAAAAAGGAAUACAAUGAUGAAGAUGAUGAUGAGGAUAGAAAUACACGUGUCGAGUCUCCAGUGAUUGAACAGUUAGUGUCAGAAACACCAUCUGAACAACCAUCCAUCACACACCAUUCCGAAAAUAAGGAACGAAAGAAUGAAACAACAUGUUGUUUAGAAUCUUCACUGCAAGAAUCUCCAAAUUUGAAUGAACCAAUCAAAACUCAACCACUUUCUGAAUGUUCUACCACUUUAGAAAGGCAAUCACUCACUCGAGAUCGUUUAUUGGAUGUUUCAUCGGUUGGAAUGGCAAUUGGUGAGAGAAGACAAUUGGACAAUCGAUGUGUGAGUGUGUCGAUUAAUUUAACAACUUUGGAACAACAAUUAGAACUUCAAAGAAGAGCCAUUCAAGAAUUGAUGAAUGACACUGAAACCAUGAAUGCCAUGACAGAGACAUGUCUCAAAUUUUCAGAUCCCUAUGAAAAGAAGGUUCCCUUAACAGAGGAUGAUUUGAAGGAACCAGAACAACCAAGGAUGGUUUCUGAGGAAUAUUCAAAUCUCGUGAUUGAUUACAUUGCAAAACAAUUCCUUAAUCAGGUGAAAAGUGAAGAAAAGAGAAAACAAAUUGAAAAACAAAUUAUCGUUCUUGAUAUUUUCAAUAGAGAUGAAAUGAAAAAAAUGCUCAAAGAGCUCAUCAACAAGACCUGUUAA